AUGGACAGCCCGCUCGCCGCCAUCAAGCUCCUCUUCCCGCACGUCCCCUCCCUUUCCUGGACCGCCGCACAACACACCCUCGGCAUCUCCCCCACCGCCUCGAAAUGGGAUCUCCGCUCCGAACUCACCGUCCAUGUCCUCCGCGCCAUCGCGUCCCCGAAGAGCGGACGACCAGCCCCUCUCUCCAAAGUGCAAAGAGGAACACUGAAAGACCCGGGCGUGAAAGGCAAGACGUGGAUCGCGAAGGCUACAAUCCCCAGACCGCCGAAGGAAGAUGAAGGACAAGGCAAGGGACUGAGAGAUGUCGUGUUCCAGGCGAUCGAGGCGAUGAAGAAAGAGGGGAAUGUGUUGCACUAUGAGAAGCCGGAGCUGAAGGAUCUGGAGGUCGAGUGGACGGGUUUCAGACCUGGCGCGAAGAAAGAUGAGGGACUGCCGGAUGUGGAUGAGAAGGAUAAGUAUCGGUUGUUGAUGGCGGAGCCGUGUCGGUCGAGUGAGGCUACGGUUUUGUAUUUUCAUGGCGGCGCAUACUACCUCUGCGACCCAGCCACCCACCGUGGUCUAACCAGCCGUCUCGCGAAAGAAAGCAGCGGCCGCGUCUGCAGUGUCCGAUACCGUCUCGCUCCCCAAACCGCUUUCCCCGGCCAACUCAUCGACGCGCUCAUGGCGUACCUAUCCCUCAUCUACCCACCGUCCAACUCUCUCCACGAAGCCGUGCCCGCCGAACGAAUCGUACUAGCAGGCGACUCCGCCGGCGCGAACCUCGCUUUCGCGCUGCUUCAACUCCUCCUCCAACUCCACCGCACCGCCGACGGCGUACCCCUCGUCAAAUUCCACGGCCGAGACGUCCACGUCCCCCUCCCCGCAGGCGUGAGCGGUAAUUCAGGAUGGUUCGACGUCUCCCGCGCUAUGCCUUCGAUCGUGGGAAAUUCAAAGUGGGACUACCUCCCUCCCGCCAACCACGACGAUGCAGUAGGCCGCUUCCCCGCCGACUCCAUCUGGCCAACCAAACCCCCUCGAGGAGAUAUCUACUGCGACCUCUCCAUGCUCGACCACCCGCUCGUCUCCCCCGUUCUCGCAGAAAGCUGGAAAGCCUCCCCACCCCUCUGGAUGAACACGGGCGACGAAAUGCUCAUGGACGAAGUCAUUCUCGUCGCGGCACGCGCCGCGGGGCAAGGGGUCAAAGUGCACUUUGAGCAUUAUGAGGCGAUGCCGCAUUGUUUCCCAAUGUUGCUGCCGCAUUUACCGGCUUCGAGGAGGUGUUUGAGGAGUUGGGGGAAUUGGAUUAGGAGAGUGGUGGAGGAGCCGGAGGGGUUGAAGACGAAUGGGGUCUGGAUUCCCGCGAGGAAGGGGAAGGAGAAGGAGGUUGAUGUUAUGCGGUUGCCGGCUGUGGAGUUUGGGGAGGCGAGGAGGUUGGUUGGGGUGAUUAAGGAGAGGAGGAUACAGGGUUUCAAGAAGGGGGAGGGGGUGAAGGCGACGUUGUAG